AUGCAUAUUGAAGUGCAAGUUGCUCUAAACUUCGUCAUAUCGUACCUGUACAACAAGCUACCGAGGCGGCGCGUAAAUAUCUUCGGUGAAGAACUCGAGAAGGCGCUCAAGGACAAGUUUCGGGGUCAUUGGUACCCUGACAGGCCAUGCAGAGGGUCUGCAUUUCGCUGUCUGAAGACAGGAGGUCCUUUAGACCCCGUGCUGGAAAGAGCAGCGAGAGAAUCUGGUGUACCCGUCCGAGAUGUUCUUGAACACCUUCCGCGGGACCUCGCCGUUUGGGUAGAUCCAGGCGAAGUGUCGUAUCGCAUCGGUGAAAAGGGCGCAGUGAAGGUGCUCUUUAGCAGCGACGAGCGAGCUGCUGAUGAGAGGACCGACAGAGAGGUAACAAGAGCGUUCAACCCCGAAGCACAGUGCUUCCGGCCGGUAGAGCCGGCGGCAGCACCUUCGCCCCCCGCGCCUGCUGCUUUCUCGCCAGCACCACCGUUCCGCGCACAACCUCUCACUUUCACGACGGCGACCUUCGCACAGACCAAGUUCGGCAGUACCAAGCUCAAGACGAGCAGCAAACGCGCGAAUCGCAUGUCACCCACCGAGUUCAGCAACUACAUCAAGCAACGCGCGAUGCAACAGCAGAUGGCUUCGCGUGCGCUGUCGCCUGCUUCGGACCCGGCCUCGUACUUCGUGGCGCGGCGCGACCCUGCCCCCUCCUCUGCGCCCCCUUACCCGCCGGCGCCGGCGCACCUGCUGCUCGCCAACUGA